UUGGACUAUCUUGGUACCCGUACUGAGCUGACAGCUGUAACUGGGUCAGUUACAUUUGUAUUAACUCGUGUUACGGGCAACGUUUUCCCUCAAAAACACUCCACAAUGGCUUUUCAGUGUCAACGAGACUGCUACAUGAAAGAGCUUGUUACCUCUGUGGUAUCCUGCUGCCCAGCUGAGUUAAAGCAAGAAGUCAGUGGAAAGAAAGAAACUCUCAAGGGUUUCCAUGUCAAGCUCCAAGACACCAUCUUGUUUCCAGAAGGAGGAGGCCAACCGGAUGACCAUGGGCUGAUCGGAGAUGUCCCGGUCUUGAGGGUGACGAGGCAGGGACCAGAGGCCGUACACUUUGUGAGUUCACCUCUGGAGUCAGGUCAGGAGGUGCAGGUGAAGGUGGACUGGGAGAGGAGGUUUGACCACAUGCAGCAACACUCAGGUCAGCAUUUGGUCACAGCAUUGGCAGAUACAAUGUUUGGAUACAAGACCACAUCCUGGGAACUGGGGCGUCAGAGAAGCACCAUUGAGCUGGACACUCCCUCCGUGAAGCCUGCUCAACUCCAGGCCCUGGAGGAAGCCAUUAAUGAGAAGAUCAGAGCUCAUGUUCCUGUCACUGUUCAGCUUCUCUCUAUAGAUGAUCCUGCUGUGGAAAAGGUGAGGAGUCGAGGGCUGCCAGAGGACCAUGCAGGGCCGAUUCGGAUCAUUGAUAUUGAGGGCAUCGAUGCCAACAUGUGUUGUGGAACCCAUGUGUCUAACCUCAGUCACUUACAGGUAAUAAAGUUACUGGGAACUGAGAAAGGAAAGAAAAACAAAACCAACCUCAUCUUCCUAGCAGGUAACAGGGUGCUGAAGUAUGCAGAGAAAAGCUACAGCACAGAGCGCUCACUGGUGUCCCUUCUGAAAACUGGACCCGAUGAGCAUGUUGAGGCAGUUGAUAAGUUGCAGAAGUCUGUGAAGCUACUACAGAAAACUAACCUGAACCUGCUGCGAGACAUGGCUGUGCUCAUCGCUCAGAACUUUAAGAACGACCCCAAGAGAGGCAACUUCUUCAGCUUGCACAAAAAAGAGGGCGACAAUGAGUUCAUGAGUAUCAUUGCCAAUGAAAUAAACACUCAGGAAACCUUAGUUUUCCUUACUGUUGGAGAAGAAAAGGGACCUGGUUUGUUUCUGUUAGCUGGAGCCAGUGGACCAGUGACUGAGAUGGGACCACGGGUGUUAGAGAUGCUCCAAGGGAAGGGGGCAGGGAAAAACGGACGUUUCCAAGGCAAAGCCAACAGUCUGGCACGGAGAGGAGAGGUGGAGGCUUUCCUUCAGCAGCACUGCAAACAUCACACCUCAGAGGAAGAAUAAACCCACCAAUGGCUCAAUACAAAUGAAUAUUUUAUAUCCAAUUAGAAACAAAUAAGGAUAGUUUACUUGACUCUUAACUAUUCGUAUUUUGCGGUAAACAC